AUUGAAUUGAUCGACCAAGCGCCCUUGUCCUUAAUAAUUGAAAGCAUUGGUCUUCAUUUUGGAGAAGUUUUGGGGUUUACUUAAAUCUUGUCGGCCAACCUGAGCUUUUGAUUAUUAAGCGGUCUACGAAAACCAUUUCAUCGAAGAAAAACCUGGAAUCGAACAAACACGAGUUUUUUGUUAGCGUUCUCACUCUUCAACCGGCAUCAUGACGAGUCUGUGGAUGGGAGAUGUAAGACGCAUUUUUUUUUUCUAGAGCGAAAUUACAGGGACAUAUGCUAAAUUACAGGGACAUAUGCUAAAAAUUCUGUUUGUAUCGUUGACAGCUUGAUAGUUACAUGGAAGAAGCCUUCAUCACAAGUGCUUUUGCGGCGAUGGGAGAAGCUGUGGUGUCCGUAAAGAUGAUAAAGAACAGAACAACAGGGUAAUGUUCUCGCCGUGGUGAAACUAUCAAACUAUACAUGGCCACUGACUUACUACCUAACGGGGAAAGAUUUCCUUGUAACCUCGUACUGUUUUAAAACAAAGCCGUAGUCCCAAAGGCAAUCUGUUGUUUUUGCCGUUGUUCUUUAUCCAAGGACUGAAUACAGAAUGAAGUUUGAGGCUAUGCGGAAAUCUUUCCCCAAACGGAAUCACAAAAUUAUCUUCAGUGGUCUUCAAAGCUUGAGGGCAUUGUGAACUUCGGUGGCAAUAUUCUGACUAUGUAAUUGCCCACUUAUUUCCCAGAGCUUUCUUCUUAUUUUCCUUUUCAACCCUGACAGAGGAUAAUUCUGCACAUAAGCCAUGUAGCCCAAGCAACUACUUUUCUGUGUUCUGAAUACAAAAUAUUGUCAAACUUGGCAAGAUAAGAAGACAAAAGACUGGCUAAAACUAGUGGGAAGGAGACAAGGAAGGGGUCAGCUGCACCCCCCCUCCCUUGACACAACCUACCCAGAGGGCCUUUCUCCUCAGAAAAUGGGAUUAAAAAAAUUGGUGAAGUCAGCUCUACAGACAAAUAGACCUCACUGCAAGAGUUUAUUCCACUUAAAUGGAGCAACUAUUAGUAGAAGCACUCUUCUUAAGCAGGGUGGUAGCCAGUCUUGGAGCCCUCCCUCCCUUCACCACUGCAAGAUUUUGUCAAGUUUCUGUGAUUAUAUGUAUGGACAAAAACCAUUAUUAUUAUUGCUGGAUGAAGAGAGAUUCUGAAAGAAUCACUUAUCUUAAACUCAAACUGGAACAUGAUGUGAUGAACUUUAACCCUUUAACUUGCAGGAAUGACUAACAUAUCAAUUCUCCUUGCAAUUUUAUUUAUAACAUAGCUAGUAAAUUUGUGUAAUCAAAUUCAAUUGCACGAGCGUGCUUCAUAUUCCUAAUGUGCACGCUCAUGAUGUCAGCAAACAAAUCCCUCGAGAAAACAAAUUUUCUAUCAAGUUGAAAAUGUCAUAAAACAAUUGGUUCAUACAUCAGCUGUGCGUUCAUCAAGAUAUGAAGCACUUGGGAAGUUUGGAGAGCACUCAAGAAGCUAGAGUUGCUCAAGGCGUAGCUGACAGCAACUCUUACGCAUCUGUUUGGCAGAUUUAGCUUUUAGAUCUGGAAAUUAAAGGGGUGACCAGAAUUUGAACCUAGUACAUUUAUUGAUCUUAAGUCUAGUAGAGCAAAAAUUCUAGUAAUCAGAUCCAGACUUAUAAUAAGUCACAUGCCAGAAUAAUGACAAUUAAUUGCUCUGGCAUAUGAAAAUGCCAGAAGAUUUGUUUGUGUUCAUAGCCACAUAAAGUUCUCUCAGCCAAAUUAUAAUCACAAUCUUUGGAGGGGUUGAGUGAAACUGAUUAGCUCACUAUGCAAGUGUUAAGCAUAUUUAUAAACAUAUUAUAUUUGUUUCCAGGACUCCAGCUGGUUACUGUUUUGUUGAUUUUGGUGAUUAUACAGUAUCACAGAAAGUUAUGGGAAAACUGAAUGGAUUGCCAAUUCCUGGAAGCAAUCCAGUGAGUGACUCUAAUGACCAGAUAUUAGAAGUUUAACAACAUUGAUUGUUUCAAAAAUUAUUUUUACCAAUAUCACAGAACAACCUUUUUACAAGAACCUUCCAUCUAAGAAAUUUGAAACAGAUGCACUCAAAAGGAGCUGCCUUAUUGGAAAAAACAGAGAUCUACAUGUUGGUUGAGAUAUUUAUUAUUAGCUCACCAAAGAGUUCUCUGCUGAGAAUUGGAUUGCAAAAUCCAACAGAUUGAGGUUUAAAUCCCUUUAGACAACUUGCUCUCUUGAUCUUACAGUCAACACAAAAUUAAUGAAAUCUUUCUUUGUUUUACAACCAGGCAGGCUCAAACUUUACUAGUUUCUUUAAUUAUACUUUCACCCACAACACUUCCAACCAAGCGAAUCCUUGCAAUAUGCUGAACAAUUUUUCACUUAAUAUGAACCUUGUACACGUAUAUGGCCUUGGAUUGUGAAAUUUAAAAGUGUGAAAUCUGAAUCCUUGUAGGAAACUCAUAAUGUCUUAAUUAAAACUUGUUUUUAGUUUCCUUUGAAUUAUUGGGUAGUAUUGAACUACAUGGUUUACAUGUUUACUUUUUGUGGAACAAAGUCUUUAAGAGAAAUAAUUGUGUCCCUUUCUCUGUUUAACUAUUUUCUUUCUCUCUUUCAGAUAAAGCGUUUCAAAUUGAACUGGGCUACCUACGGCAAGGACUCAUUCACCCAGUAAGUACUUCUUAUCCUGAUUAUUUACUGAGUGCUGCUCGUCAGGACAGUGUAUUUACCAUGGCCAGCCAGGUUGUGGCCAUUUUGCUGGGGCAUACUGUAGUUUUGUUAGCAUGAAGAAACUAAGAGUAUUGUGACUACUAUCUGUCUUUUGCUGGUUACCCCUGACAAAGCUCUGACAAAGGGCUAAUGCUUGAAAAUUUCAGCUUUGAAACUCUUAAUGGUGGCCAAUUUACAUUAUCAACACAGGUUUUUUUUUUUUUCUUUUUUUUUUUAAACAAUUUUGUUCUGACCUUUCAUUUACACAGUUACAAUUUUACAUUCAUAAAAUAGGUUAAAAAUGAUAACAAUUCGAUAUAUCUAACAAUCUUACGCAGUUACCCUAUUUUCAGCUUAAGAAAUUAAACUAAUUAAACCAAGCAACAUAACGUAAAAAAAAAAGAGAGAAAAAACAGGAUAGAAGGCAAAUCGGCUUAAGAUUUUUUAAAAUUAUUAACCAUUCCUUUUCAUUUGAAUAUCCAUUUCUUUUCAAAGAAGUUUUUCUUAUUUAUUUUUCUUUCAAUUUCAUAUUUGAUAGCUAUCUUGUUCUGAUAACCUUGUAUUUUAGGGUGUAUUUGUUUUCUUCUGCAGUCCCACAAAAACAGUUUUCCGAUAACAAUAAAGUAAUUUAGUAAAGUAUGAGUAGAGUAGUACUUUACUCAACUACUCAUUAUCAACACAGUUGAUAAUUCUAAAUUACCUUGUUAUAAUCUCCCACUGAUGUAACACCACAGUUUAUUUAGAAACUUACCCCCUUUACCUAUGGGCUGGACAGGGGCACCUCGCAGUUUGUUGGUAUGCAUUAAAUACACACCUGGGUGGAUACAAGUACUAUGAAAACAAAGGGCCUUGUCUUAGAAUGCAACACAUUGAUCAAGUAAAGUGUCAACCCUAGAUCUCUUGACCUGAAGUUCUACUUACUCACUGUUAGGGCCAUCGUGCAAAACACUUGACUGACAUAGUCUGCCUGUAGUUUUUUAAAAUCUUUCUUUGAACUUGACUCUACAGGGGGCCAGAGUAUUCAAUAUUUGUUGGUGAUUUAUCUCCUGAUGUUGCCGACCAUGUUCUGCAGGUAAAAUAUAGUCACAUAAGGUAUAAACAAAUUGGACUUAAGCAAUGGAGUGGCUCUUUGUCCACUGUUUUCCCAGGUUGAAUUUGGAAUUUAAAAGUUUGGUUUUUAAGGACAGAGGAAAGUGGAGAAUGUAAGGAAAAAGCCUCAGGACAGGGAAAUGAAAUGGAACCAACUCAAUGAACAUGUGAGGCUAGGCCAUGAUGUUGGAUGGCAGGUCUCUUAUCUGUUCAUCAUCCCUCUUCCCUGUGUAUCUUGAGAAAGAUUUUAGAUUAGUGAUAUUAAGGAAAUAUCAGCAAGCUUGUUUACAGUUAUCUGAAGACAAUGAAACCCCUCUUUUGAGACAUUGCUCUUCAGGGUAUACCUCCUUUCUACCAGUGGUCAUGGACUUUGGUUAAAAGUGAAAAAAAAUGCUGCUAUAACAUUUGUAUCGGACAUUUCACUUUGAAAGUAACUUUUUUCAGGUGUCACUUUUGAUAGUCCUAAAUGUGUUCCCAAUUUUGAGAGUUUACGGUAUUUUAAUGCCACAUCCAAGGAGUAAUGCUCUUCACAUGAUCUUCUCUUUAAUGCCCAAAAGACUGUACAUUUAUGGGGUCAGUUAUGGUGUGUGGUACAUGUAGAUUAAGUUAUCUGAGGUAGAGGUUGUUGAAUUCAUAACUCAUCUAUAUUUUUAUUUGUCAUAGGAGUUCUUCCAGAGAAAAUUUCCCAGUUGUAAAGCUGCCAAAGGUACGAAUAUGUGGUUGUUCUGAUUGUAGAAAAAGGUUUACAGGUCAGGCUAUAGCCUCUUAACUGAGAUCAUGAAAGCUAGACACUGAAACCUUUAGGCUAAAAAGAAGGUGGUAGCUUUUAUUCAACUGUUAGUGAUGAUAAGCACAUAUGACACAGGUGAAUAGUGCUUUUCACAUGCACUGAGAGGCUUUUUUUGGAAGUUAUCAGCAAGUACUAUUCACCUCAGAGCAACCAAAGAGAAAAAAAUUAUGCAUCAAGAGUCAAAUUCCCAACAAUUUUUUGUUACAUUGAAAGAAAUAAAUUUAUUGUUAAAUUUUUUUGGUUUCUCUAUAGCAUAUAAUGAAGUUAUUAUUCACUUCAGUGUUGGUAGAAGUGAUGGAUAUAUUCCGUGUCGCUCUGCAGCUCGAUAAAUUUCCAUCACCAUUCACUUACAGUUCUGCAAAUAAUUGUAAGUUAUAACUGAAGUUAACAGUCAAAUUUUAAUGUAACUGUUAUUGUUUUUUUCUUUGUAGUUGUUUUGGAUGCAGCAGGAAAUUCAAGGUGUGUUUAACAAUACUAAAAGUAAAUUUAAUUGUUUAAGUAUACUAACAGGAGAAAACCUUAAUCACGGUGAAUUUACAUGUUGCUAGUGAAAAGUCAAUUUUGAAGGUCAAAAUGUUCAGGAAUUAAUAUUAUUUGAGGCCUUGAUAGUCUCGGGUAAGGGUUGCAUGUGUCAGUCUUAGUUAAAGGAAAACAUGAUUGCAUUCAUGAUUAUAAACUCUGAUUUCUGUUCACAUGUUCAACUUUCUUAAAUUAAAAACAAUUUCUUUCUAUAGAGGAUAUGGAUUUGUGAGAUUUUCAGAUGAAAAUGAACACAGAAAGGCCAUGAUAGAGAUGCAAGGAGCAGUGGGGUGUGGUUCAAAACCUCUCCGUGUCAGUGCUGCAACACCCAAAAGGUACCGAAACAUUUAAUCUAGACUUUUCAUAAUUUUCAUCUUCCCUAAUAAUACACUUCACUAGUUUUACAGAGCUCCUUCCAGGAAAAUUGCAUGUGUGCACAUCAUUAAUUGCAAACUCAUUGAACUUGAGUUGAGGAUACAGUUGAAAAAAAUUCAUUUAUUUUGGUUCAUCAGGCCUCAAAAUACUCCAGGAAACACAACAACAACAUAUGGCUCUGCUAGUGCUGCCAAUCAGCAAUACAUGCAGCAGUAUCAGCAAUACCAGCAAUAUCUGGCAGCAUGGCAGGGAUACCAGCAUCAACAACAGCAGCAACUCCAGCAACAGCAGUAUUACCAACACUAUCAGCAUUAUCAGCCUUAUGGACAGACUACUUACCAACAGCCGAUGGUAUGUUUUACAAAGAGCCAAGAGUGUGUUUUACCUUCUAAUAAUGUACAGAAAAAACAAGUGCUUUGUAUUGGCUGAAAAUGAGUGCAUUCUCAUGUAACACAAGAGCAAAGUUGUAGCAUGAGUGAAAAUUACAAAUAGCACGCACAUGCUUUCAAAAUUUUGUCUGUCUUGACUCUCUAUGGUGUUUUUUCAUGUACAUUAUUAACAAGUAAUAACAUGAGUGCAAUUUGGUGUGAUAAGCACUUGUUAAUUUUGUUGUCUUUGAAAAAUUUACUUGUGCUUAUUAACACCAAAUUGCACUCAAAAUCAUGUUAUUACAAAUACUUAUCAGACACCUUUUAAUGUAUAAUUGUUACAGGGUAAUAUCUUGUGAAUGAACUUUUUUCAUAGGUUGUGGGUGUAAACUGAUGUGGUGUGACAUGAUUGGAAAUUUUUGCUAGGAAAAAAUUGUUGUGAUUUUUUGUUCAAAAAGCAAAACAUUAACCCUUUACACCUUAACCCUAUAACUCCCAGAAGUGAUUAACAUAAAACUUCUCCCAACAACAUCAAUACAUUAUUCAGCAAACAGAUAAUGAGAAUAUUCAAAGUUAUCGGGUAGAAGCUGCUAUCUUGAUCUAACACCAAGUUCUCAUAACUAAUUUACAAGGAAAUGUGUCAUAGCUAGAGGGGAGAAUUAACAAUCAGAUCUUGGGAGUUAAAGGGUUAACAUCAGUAUGCAAGUUCUCCAUACUGUUCUGUGUGUUCAACCAUCAAGAGCUUCUUGAAUUCCCAAAUAUUUUUUUUAUUCUCAUGACUUUGAUGUUUGAAUCAGGGGUGAUACUGUUUGGAGAAAUUAGAUGCUUAUCACCCUUCAGUUAGAUGCUUAUCAUUCCUGGUUAAAGGGUUAACUAUUAGGAUGAAACAUAAUGUUUUAACACUUCUUGACAUGUCCAAUGAUAGAGAGGAAUGCUACACAAAAGAUGAAUCUUUUAUAAAUAUUUCCAGUGAUACAGAAAGAGAUGAGUAUGAGUGAAAGAUGAUUAGGAGUGGCAAACCCAAGGGGGUGGGGUCUAGGGGUGUGUUUGUUUGUUUGUUUGCUUUUUUUCACUAUUUAUCAAACACCAAUAUUCUUGUAACAAGAGGAUUGUGUGUUACAAUUCAAGUGAAGGAUUUCAUAUUUACUUGUGUUGCAAAUUUCCGAGCUUAGUUAGGCUGUAUUUCAAAAACAAAUUAUUCUGUUUUCUGAAGUACAUUCCCCCCCCCCCCCUUCAUACUUAGAUCUGCCUGCGGGAGUAAUGGGUAUGAAAGUACUUAGGAAAAGAGCCAAGAAGCACAUUUAAGACACUUCACAUGACUGCAAUACAUGAUAAUGUAAAAGCAAGGAUAACUAAAAAAAGUUACUUCUUUGAUUUGUAUUGUCAGAGUUAUGAAGAAACCAUAACAGUUGAUAACACAGCAGAAGGUAUAUAUAAUUUAACGAUAGAUUUUAUGGUAUGAAAAGGACAUACUGUGAAUACAAAUGCAAGGGAGGAAGAUACUCACUGAAAAUUGAGUGGUUAUUAUCAAUUAAAAGCACUUUGCAAUAAAUUCUCAUUUAAAAUUUCUAUGUCUGAUGAAGAUUUCUCUCAAUUUUAAAGUUUGUAAACUCAGCUGAAAAUAAUAUGCUUGAUGUGUAUCACUUUGAACAGUAAAUCAAUGUUAGUUAAUUGACAGGACUACAUUCUUGAUAAGUUUAUCUCUAAAUAAAUGCUCUGCUCUUCCAGAUCCCAACCCACCAUUGGACAUCACUGCAGAAAAUAAAAAUAUAAUGUCAACAGAGGAAGUAAGUGUUUUGAUGUUUACUUUUAAUUUAUCGAAAAACAGAUUGAAUCUUGAAUCAAUAGAUAAUUUCUAUGUUGUGGUUCAAUUUAUCUUUUGCUUUAAAGUUUCCAAAAUGAUUUUUGAAAAUUGUAUUUUCCUUUUUCUUGUAUAUAUUACAUAACCCUUGAAUCUCACAAUGUGUAACUGACAAGAGGCUUACAUAGCUGGCAAUAUUUUUGGAACUUUAUUAAAACAAAAGAAGGUUGCUAAGUCACAGAGGUCAGAAGCAGAGGUUUUAGGGGAGAAAUUUUCUCAUUCCUCUGUCUCUUGUGGCUCUUCCAGUUAAAAAAAAAUCCUACCAGACAACCACUGUAAAGGGUGGUUCAAAGGGAAGUAAGAGAAGUGAUUAACAUAUGACUUUUCUCUAUAAUAUCCAUACGUUAUCAGGCGUUCAGGUAACGAGAGGACUCAAACUUAUCAGGUAGAGGUUGUUCUUUUAAUCUAACACCAAAUUCUGGUAACUAAUUUAUAAGGAAAUGUGUAGCAGAUAGAGGGGAGAAUAUUAACAAUCAGAUCUUAGGAUUUAAAGCGUUAAUUGCAAGAUAGUGUGGGCACAGAAAUUUAAAUGAUCCCUUUCUCCAAAUAUCUGAUUAUUUUCCCUCACAAGCUUUUCCCUCCAAGCUUGUUCAUCAUUUCUUUGCUAAAUAUUUUCUUGUUGUAUUGAUCUUCAAAUGAGUUACUACCUGGUUAUCAAGUGUAGGUCUUAAAGGUUAAACUAGACCAAACAAAAUUUAAGCCUUAGUUCUUUCUCUACUCAAGAGACCCCUCAGAUUCAAACAAAAACUCUAUUUAGUGGCACCACAGGUUAGACAAUGGCUAAAGACAGUUUGCCUCUUUGAUACAGUAGAUGAACCUCAACAGUAAUGUCCAUGUUUGCUUUGAAUUUGAAUUUGUGUGAUUGGUCCAGGAAACUUGAGCCACUUUUUCAAUAAUCAGAUCCAAAAGUAACACCAUUUGUGACAUGGUCACUCGCAUUUUCCUGCACUUCAAGAAGUUUUUCAUUUCUCACUUUCAAUUCUCACUGGCUCUUUGGGAUAUUUUCCUUUGCUCUGUCUGGCUGUUGUGUUAACCAUAGACUUGAUUCACAACGCUCAAUUGAAAUUGCUCCAUUGUAUAUUUUGUUCCUUAACAGGAGUUAUACCAUGAAUUGGAGCAAUCAAGAUGGCAGCCAGUAGAGACACUAAAUUCAGGACACAAAUCUCUUGUGACAUAGAUGACAAGAAACUUUAAGUGUUAUAUUCUUGGAUUCUCAACUGACCCUGUUGUUAAAGAUACUUUGACACUUCAAUUUAUAGUCAAAUGCCCAGUGAUUCUUCUACUUCUUAAGUUUUAGUCAGCAUAUUGAAAUUUUAAAAUAUUGGAGACUUAUUCAUUGUUGAGAACACUUAAAUUGAUUUUAUUUCCAAAGUUUUGUUUGGGGCCUCUCUGUUAAGGUAUUGCUAUGGUUAUGGUUCAAGGUUUCUUGUCAGGAUAAAACUUUAUUUUUUUUGUUUUCAGUUGGUAUUGUUUUGUAUGGUAAUAUGUUUUACUAAUGGGAAAAUAAAUUACAACAAGGAUUGCGUUGAACUCCAACCUGAGAAUCUGAAGGAUAUAGCGAUUGACUUUCUGUUAGUUAACCCUUUAACCCCAAAGAAUUACUAGCAUCUAAAUUCUCCUUACAACACCAGCACUGAAUCACACAUUAAUGACAUGAGAAUAAAGGAAAUGACCACCAACUAAAGAAACUCUGAUUAUUAGACAAAUUCUCCAUGUCAACACCUUAGUAAAUGUACAGAGAACAGUAUGGAGAACAUGAAUACUGAUGUUAGAGUGUAAAAGGGUUAAUGUU